AUAACUCUAACGCAAAAUGUACAAUGUGAUUCUACUGACUUUGUAGUGGCAAGAGAAGUAUCAGCACAACACGUUUUCAAUUUAAUAUUAACCACGAUCUUCAUGUAGAUGUUGCAGACGGAUCCUAUGCAGAGAUGACACAGUUUGUUCAGUCUGUAGGAAGACUUCUUGCUACCCAGGUGUGUCGGCAAUCACCCCAGUGUCCGUUUAGCACCACAUCAUGUUUACACGAGAUUCGAAAACUUGCGCGAAUGCGCGUUGUUGACAACAGCGGCUUGGGACGUGCCGCAGUGGCUGCUGGGAAACCGGCGCGCGUCCUCCACGUGUAUAACAAGAAAGGUGUUGGGACGAUCGGAGACAAGGUGCUGGUAGCGAUAAAGGGUCAAAAGAAACGAGCCUACAUCGUCGGAGUGAAGCAGAAACAGGCGGCCAAUGUUCCGCGCUUUGACAGUAACAACAUCGUGCUGAUUGAGGACAAUGGGAUGCCCACAGGGACGAGGAUCACCGUUCCCGUUCCGUCCUUGUUGAGGGAGAAGAAAGGAGAUUUUAUAAAAAUUCUGUCAUUAGCCACCAAGUUUGUCUAGCGUUAGAAAGAUCGGUUACUUAGCUUUUAUAUAUUAAGAAGUGGUGUGUAAAGUUAGUGAAGUUGUGAGUGUAACUCAACAACAUUUGUAUUCUUAUAAAACAUAUUUCUUUGA